CCAAAGGAGGAGAAUGUCAUUUGAUAGUAAAAGAAUAUUUUUCCUCCUUUAGAAUGUAUCUAACUUCUGUCUGAAUGCACUCUUACUCUCAAUUUAUGAGUUUAGUCAUUUAGCACAAAAUUUAAAAUUGAACUGUGGCUCUGCGUUAGUUUGCGUUGCACUUUUAACUCGUAUUUCUUCGGGGCUAAUCUUUUUGGGAAACAAAGGCCUCUCCUCUCUUCAUUAUGUGCAUUAAUCAAGAGAGGUGUGUGAUUGAAGGACUCGGAGGAGGAGGAAGAGGAACAGAAUCUUCCUUUUUUUCCUAUAGCGUUUUCUUUUCUUUUUUUUUUUGGCAUUUCAACAAGGUUGGAUGAGGCAAACUACCCAUCUUUAUUUUUUGAAAGCCAUGCAGCUGGGAAAAGUAUUUAUUUUGGCUUGAUAAAAACCCUAACUUGGUAUACUCAAAGCAAAUUACGUAGGGUUUAGCUGCAUAAUACCAAUAAGAAAUGAUGCAGCCUCAGUUAUCUGGAUGAUCGAGCACUGACGUGGUAUCAUUUCCUCAGGUGCCAACGUAGCAGAAAACAGUCUGACCUUCUCCAUGUUACUUUCUAGUGGCUGUUCCUUUCUUGUGUCAUCCUGACCCCCUCUCCAUCCCCACCUCCACCUUGCACACACGUUUUCUGUCUGUUGUCUUUGCUUAGCUGUUCAGAAGCAUAUUUAAUCGCGUUUGCAAAUGUAGCUUCAGGGUAAUGAUAGCAUCUAAUUCUUCUCACUGAAUCCAAAACCACCUAUGACCACAGCCAAAAGUGAUACCUAGGAUUUCUUUUCUUUCAGUAUUUGUUUUAUGGACACUUGGUUAAGAAAGUUAAUAGGGUUUUAAAAUGUUUGCCUUUCUUACUGUUUCAAACUAAACAUUUUUAAAAAAAUUUUAUUGGACUAUAGGGGACUUACAAUGUGGUGUUAGUUUCAGGUGUACAGCAAAGUAAUUCAGUUAUACAUAUACAUAUAUCCACUUUUUUUAUAUUCUUUUCCCAUAUAGACCAUUACAGAGUAUUGAGUAGAGUUCCCUGUGCUAUACAGUAGGUCCUUAUUAGCAAACUAAACAUUUUAAUCUUAGCUUAUAUUUCUAAUUCAUUCUAAGUUUAUAAUCAUAAUAUAACAAUAGUUGCUAUACUUUAGAAAAAAUUCCUACAUAAUCUUAACACUUUCCUCGAUUUUAUUCUGUGUAUCCCUUCUCAAGCCUUUGUUAUAUGCAUGUUUUUAUAUCAUUGUAAAUUUUGCUUAAUAUUGAAAUUAGAUUUGUGUGUGUGUGUAAUUUUUUGGAACAACAUGCAAAUGAAGAAUCUAUCUUUUACUUAGUUUAGGAGAUCACCUAGCACUUAUGAGAAUCAGAAAAUGACUCUUUUCUGGAGUCACUGUAAUUUUUGAAGUAGUCACACUCAGAUGACAAUUUUAAGUACCGGUGUUAUUAUGGGUAGUAAGAAAUAAUUUUUAUCUUUUAAUGUUAAGUAAAACUCACAGUUGUUAUGUGCGUGACAGCAGCUAUACAGAAUCAUUCUAGGUUUGUAAAUAUUAGAUUUGACCGUGUUGCUAGGAAACCCAAAAAGAAAUUUAAAUAAGCAGGAAACAUCACGAAAUCUAAAUUUUGUUGUUAUAAACAAUGCAGCUUUGAGUUCUGUUCUGUGAUCAAAAGGUUGGUAUAAACGAUUUUAUUUGUACGUUAAAGAAAAGAAACUCCUUGCAACACAGUGAUCAUUUCCUGUUUCAUUUUUCAUUUUCUUUUCGAGUGAAGAGCUUUUGUCCCUCACUAGGAGUUGCUUGAAAUCGCUCGGAAGGUCUGUUCCGAAUUUACUACUUCUGGAUUGGUUAAGAUCCCCGUUAAGAGUGUGCUUUGUUCUCUGAAAGCUUUGGUCAGUUGAGCAACUUGCAGCUCGUGGUAAAAAAAAAAAAAAAAAAAGAGCUGAGUAAUGCUGGAGCCUUCUCAUGUGGCUGAUGCAAACCUGGAGAAUUUGCAUCAUCAUCUAGCUGGAGUAAGUUGGUGAGACAGGCAGCAGCUUAAAUACCAGCCCAUGAGGAAGUUGAGCUGGGCUGUAAUGAUAGGGCGGCAGCCGCAGCCUCAGCAGCAGAGGUAGUCGGGGAGGUGGAGAAACCAGAACACCAUGAACGAGCACACAGGUGUUCCUGUGAGCAAUUAGAUUGCGGAAGGUGAAAAUACACCUUAGAGUUUUUACCUGGGAGCACACUAGCGCUGAGAAGGAAUCCGAAGGCAAAGAGGAAGAGAUCAAAUCGGUCAGUCACCCCAAGAGACACCAAAGUUGAAAGUUUGGAGGUUUUAUUCUUUUAAUUUUUUUUUUUUCUUUCUUUCUUUUGCUCUGUUUCCUUUUUACCCUGCGGGUCACUACCAUGGUCAGAAAGGCUGUGGCAUCCACCAUCUCCAAUGGGGGUUACCUGCAGGGCAGUGUUAACACGAGGCUGUCUUCCCUGGGUGGCAAGGAGCCACCUGGGCAGGAGAAAGUUGUGCUGAAGAGGAAGAUCAGUCUGUUGAGAGGGAUCUCCAUCAUCAUCGGCACCAUCAUCGGAGCAGGAAUCUUCAUCUCUCCUAAGGGCGUGCUCCAGAACACGGGCAGCGUGGGCUUGUCCCUGGUUGUCUGGACGGUCUGCGGGGUCCUGUCACUGUUUGGAGCCUUGUCCUAUGCUGAACUGGGAACAACUAUAAAGAAAUCUGGUGGUCAUUACACAUACAUUCUGGAAGUCUUUGGCCCGUUACCAGCUUUUGUGCGAGUCUGGGUAGAACUGCUCAUUAUACGCCCUGCAGCCACUGCUGUGAUAUCUCUGGCCUUUGGACGGUACAUUCUGGAACCAUUUUUCAUUCAGUGUGAAAUUCCUGAACUUGCAGUCAAGCUCAUUACAGCUGUGGGCAUAACUGUGGUGAUGGUCCUAAAUAGCAUGAGUGUCAGCUGGAGCGCCCGGAUCCAGAUUUUCCUAACCUUUUGCAAGCUCACAGCAAUUCUGAUAAUUAUAGUCCCUGGAGUGAUGCAGCUAAUUAAAGGGCAAACACAACACUUUAAAGAUGCCUUUUCAGGAAGAGAUGCAAGUAUUAUGGGAUUGCCACUGGCUUUUUAUUAUGGAAUGUAUGCAUACGCUGGCUGGUUUUAUCUCAACUUUGUUACUGAAGAAGUGGAAAAUCCUGAAAAAACCAUCCCCCUUGCGAUAUGUAUAUCCAUGGCCGUCGUCACCAUUGGCUACGUGCUAACAAAUGUGGCCUACUUUACGACCAUUAGUGCCGAGGAGCUGUUGCUUUCAGAGGCCGUGGCAGUGACUUUUUCUGAGCGGCUCCUGGGAAAUUUCUCAGUAGCAGUUCCAAUCUUUGUUGCCCUCUCCUGCUUUGGUUCCAUGAAUGGUGGUGUGUUUGCUGUCUCCAGGUUAUUCUAUGUUGCAUCUCGGGAGGGUCACCUUCCGGAAAUUCUCUCCAUGAUUCACAUCCGCAAGCACACUCCUCUGCCAGCUGUUAUUGUUUUGCACCCUUUGACAAUGGUAAUGCUCUUCUCUGGGGACCUCUACAGUCUUUUGAAUUUCCUCAGUUUUGCCAGAUGGCUUUUUAUUGGGCUGGCGGUUGCCGGGCUGAUUUAUCUUCGAUACAAACGCCCAGAUAUGCAUCGUCCUUUCAAGGUGCCGCUGUUCAUCCCGGCUUUGUUUUCCUUCACGUGUCUCUUCAUGGUCGCCCUUUCCCUUUAUUCAGACCCAUUUAGUACAGGGAUUGGCUUCAUCAUCACUCUGACCGGGGUCCCUGCCUACUAUCUCUUUAUUAUAUGGGACAAGAAACCCAGGUGGUUUAGAAGAAUGUCAGACAUCACAACCAGAACAUUACAAAUAAUACUGGAAGUUGUACCAGAAGAAGAUUGUCAUAAAUUAUAAAUCAAUUUAUGUUUCUACCCAAACAAUUUUGUUUCUGCCCAAAGGGCUGAAACAAAAAAUGGAUCUUCUAAGAAAUUUAGUUAUUACUCCAUGUGGUUAUAGAACGCUGAUAUGCAAUUAUACCAUAAGUUCACAUGAUCAUUGAGUCCCUGAUACCUACCUAUUGAGGUUAGGAAAAACGACUACAGAAUGGAAAUUACUUUAGUGGUCUUUCUCUAUAACAUAUCUUAUGGCUAAGAACCUUCAGACUGAAAACUGAGAUGUUUUCUUUAAUAUGGGUUUUGUAAAAACAAUUUUUAUAUACUAUAGAUAACUGUACUGUGAAAAUUGUUUUCUACUCUUCUGGGGAAAACAAAAAAGUGUAUGUCAUCAUUAUGGACAGAGGAAAGAAAGAAAUUUAUUUUACAUUGGCAUUGCAUUGCUUCCCACAGAUAUCAACUUAGAUAUCAUACAUGUUUUAAUGGAUUAUACCCAGAGCAUUUUGAAAAAGAAAAAAAGCUUAGGGGUAUGCCUAAUUGUGACGAAUACAUUAAAGAAGAGUUUCUAGGGGCUAUUGUUUAUGAGGCAAAUCCAGGAAUUAUGUUUAAGUAAAAAAAAUGCUUGAGAAUUUAUUAUGUUAGGAUUUUUUUCACUCAUUAUCAGGAAGCUCCGUAGUUACGUGCCAUUUGUUUUCAUGGCGGCCUAAUUGAUCAGGAAAGGAUGUAACGCCUGUCUUAGAGCAAAACAAAAGUCAGUUUGGUAUUAAAUCCUCUUAAGCAUGAUCAUGUGUUUCACUAAUAAUUUACUCUUUGAUAAAUACAUCUAAAUAUGUGCAUUUUUAAAUCUUCAAGUUACAAUAUCAACAGGAGACGGAAAUCACCAAGAAAGAAAAUGCCCAAAAUACUAUGCCCAACUCUAUAGUUCUACAUACAUUGUUAGUGUUUCUGAACAUUUUUUAAAAAUCUCAUAGCUGUUUUUACAUGGUGAUGAAUUUUGACAGUUUUACGUUUUCUUUAUACAUUUUAUAUUGUUAAAAUAUCUCUUUGGACAAAACUGUCCAGAUCAAUUAGGAAAAGACAUAUAUUUACAUAAAAAUUAAGGAAGAACUGUCACUGCUAAAUAAGAUUUACAACUGAUGUUUCUAAGAAUGUUUCCAUUUCUCUCUCUAGGCUUUAUCAGUAAUUUCCAGACAAAGUAAAAGAGAUAACUGAUAAAUUCACUGAAAGAAACUGUACAUGAAAUGUAUAUAUUCAGACAGAUAUUUACUAUGCUGGGUUUAGAAAAUACUGUGGAAUUUUCAAAUAAGAAUAAUAUAAUGAUGAAAUUUGUUAACCAUUAUUUACUUAAGCCUCAGAGUAAAUAGUCAUGGCCAGAAUUUUUUCAUUCUGUAAUUUUUGUCCAUUUGAAAAGAAGAAUUUUUGGAAGAAUUACACUGAUUCAAAUCAUUAAGAGCAGAUAUAUAGAGUUCAUAGACAGUUGAUCAAAGUAGAAAUGAUGAUAAUUUGAGGCAAUUUCAAUUAAUUAAUUUUCAAUUCGUUAAUUUCAAUUUCAAAAUUUAAUUCAGUUAAUUAAAUUUCAUUCAAUUAAAUUUCAAUUUAAUAUCUAUCUGAGAUUGAAAUUUUGUCAGCCAAACGUAGUGUUUGGGUCUUUAAGUGAAUUUAUAAAAAUUCCUUCCUUUUUCUCUUACCAUGGAUUUUCAGAAUUUGAUCUGUAGUCUGUACAGCUUAUAUCCAUUUGUCUACAUCUGUCCCCACUAAAUUGUUGCUAUCGGUGGAAACAGAUUUCCUUUAUAUUCUUGUUUACAGUCUAGGCCCAUGUAAUCUAAACCAGCAAACUCUCCUGGAAUUGUUUUUUUCCCCUAAUGAAAAAAAAAAUGGUAAAGUCUUAUGGAGAAGUUUGUAUAGUUACUGAUUAAUUCCUGAGGUAAUGUGCUUAUAUCAAAAGUGGGAGAUAGGUCUCCUGAUUUUAGUUAUUUUAGUUUUAGUUCUAAUUUUAAAUAUGUCAUUAUACAAGCUAACUAGAUUACAUAUUCAUUAUUAUUUUCAUCAUUUUAAAAAAUGAUUUUUGCAUUGUUAAAUUGCUAAUGCCAUUGUAAUACCAUUUUAACCUGAUAGAAAGUCAGUCAGUAAUUUUUUUUUUUUUUUUUUUGCGGUACGUGGGCCUCUCACUGUUGCGGCCUCUCCCGUUGCGGAGCACAGGCUCCGGACGCGCAGGCUCAGCGGCCGUGGCUCACGGGCCCAGCCGCUCCACGGCAUGUGGGAUCUUCCCGGACCGGGGCGCGAACCCGUGUCCCCUGCGUCGGCAGGCAGACUCUCAACCACUGCGCCACCAGGGAAGCCCAGUAAUUUUUUUUUAAAGCGAUGAGGAUUAAGUUGUAUUUCUACUUAUCCUUAGGAUACAUCAUGACAAGAUACAGGGCUUCUGUAAUCAUCCAUUCAAUAGUCGUACCAUUUAUUUGGAAUGGUAUUAUGUCAAGCAGAUUCUAGUUUGAAAACUCUCUUACACACUUUUAUAUGUAUAUAUUUUUAUGCUAAGUAAUUUUUUCUCAUAUAUUUAGGAAAAUUUUUUCUCAUAUAUAUUUUUCUCAUAUAUCGAACUGUUAGAUGUGAUACAUUUGUACCAGUGUGCAUAUUCAAAUGUUUAAAUACAUUUUAUCAGUUUAUUGUAACACAAAAAAGUAAAAGUAGCCAAUAUAGUUUACGACGGCUAAUAUACUAUUUUCAAAUGUUCCGCUCUUUUGGUACAUAGAUUCUCAAGUAUUUAAAUAUGAAUUUAGUAGAUCUAGUAAAGACCUCCAAAGCUAAAACAAUUUGCUAGGAGAAAUGGAGUGAUUCUCCUUAAUAAUUAUGAAUACUUCAGUAAACGUUUUUGACCCCUUUUAAAAAAUAUUAGACUAGUUUUCUGAGAUUUUUCUAAGAUUGAAUGAAGAAAACUGACUAUUAUAACUGGUGUCUUGGUCAGCUAGGAGUAGACCCUCUUCUUAUCUUUCUUUAGGAGAUUAAAGAUUUGCCCUAGAAAAGAUGGCUGACUCCAGCGCCAAACAUAAACGUUAGAUGUGUGUAUGCACACGUUUGCAUACGUGCUUAUACCGUAUCUCCCCUGCCUCUGCUGGCACAAAAAUAGGACAGAUUAUUAAAUUACAUUUCCAAUUCACGGCAGUUUCUCUAACACUAAGAUAUGCAAGUUGAAACAAGUUUCUACAUUGUUUUAUGUGUCUGGUACAGUUGUUUCCCCAGUUGCUGUUUGAUAUAUCAUCAGAUGGUUAACAUGAGUAUAAUUACAUAACUCAAUAGAAUUCUAUGUUGAACUGAAUCAGUCUUCAGGAAACUUAUUAUCUCUAUUGGAGAUGAAUGUAAUGCUAACUGAGAAAGGGAGCAUCUUUGACCUAUAGCUGAUUUCUUAUAAUUGAGGAGUGGGUUAUGAAAAGAUGGAAAACUAAAGGUCAGAGUAGCAGGAAAUGAAAGGUAGUAUGUGAUUGGAGGGAACGAUAUUUUGAUCUAACUUAUUAUGCAAUAUAAUCAGAGAAAUAUUAAAAAUUAACUGUCUGCUGUACACAGGGACUUUGAUUAUGCCCUUGUGAAUCCCCUAAAAGCUAAUGAAAUGUAAGCUUCAGUGCCCCUUACUUAGACAUGCCCUUUCCUAGGUCCUGUACCUAAUUUUUCAUUAGGAAUUUUGUAUUACGUUUCUUGAAGGUUAGCAAAAUUAUAUAUACUUCUGGCCCUAAAAAAAUCUGCAUCUGUCCCUGUGAGAAAGGUCAAAGUACUCCCAUUACUUUAUCUAUUAGAAAUAAGCAUGGGGUAUUUGUAGGAUAUAUUUUUAAGUAGUAAAGUUGUGAGUUAAUUGAAAUAUCUCUAUAUAACUAAGUGGCUUUCUCAUAGUACAUAUUAUAUGUGGUAUAUAAGGAGAGAGUUUCACUUUGGACAUAUUUUAUGUGUCAACUCUGAAUGAUAGAAGAACAAUUAAUGGGAUUUUAAUUGUAUCUCUUUUUCUUAGUUUGGAAAGAACUAGAGAGAGAUUUGAAAUUUGAAUGCAGAGGAGUCAAGAAAUUUGAUUGUAGUUAAAUAAAACCUUGUUUCAUUUACCCUACGUGAUACGCUGUAUGUUGGUGCUGAUAAUGUUUACAGAGCUACAUUCGUAACCAUUCAAAGUCAGGAAUUAAAGCAUGGCGUGUGUGACUGACAAGAAGCUCAUGGUGGAUAUAAAUUAGAGUAGAUAGAGUCAUCUUAGCAGCUUCUGUUUACAUUAUUUAUAUAUAUAGGUAAAAGAAUUAUUACCUAUAAAUGUAUUUUAGGUUAAUUUUCCCAUAAACAGUAUUUUUAAUUUAUCUCAAUAUAUAUAAUACCUAAAAGUGUAACCUCUAGGUAUUAUUAGUACUGUACUUAAAAAGAUAUUUUAAUAGCCAGUUUUGGGAGUUAAUCCUUCUUUUUGUCGCAUUUUUCAAAUCAGUUGGAGUCUCAAAAUAAAUGCUUGGUCUAUUUUUAGGUCUGAUAACAAAUUCACAGAGGCAUACAUCAUGGUCUCACAGAAAGUUCACCAGUUUUCCAUACGUUGUGAGAUAAUUGCCCUUCCCUACAAUCUCGUCAGGAUAAUAACUUGAUCUUUCUGAACCGGUUCUCUGUUUCCUUCGAGUUAAUCACAUGGUUCCCUGUAUGUUUUAUUUUUUUGACAUGAUAUUUUCAAGAUAGGAGUGAGUCUUCAUUUUAUACAAUUACUUGAUAUUCUUAGCCUGAAACUACCACUCCGGUUAUGCCCUUGUGUGUGUCCCUGCCCCCUUCUCUCUGUUACCGUUGCUUUAAAAUGUCAGUGGAAGAUGGUUACAGUCUCCAGACAGUUAUCUGUUACACGUGUGCAUUUUGGCUACUUGGAUCAAGGGUACCUUUAUAGUAUCAAUAAGUGCCUUAACAGUUUUAUAGAUAAUCUCUCAAGAAACUGUGGAGCAUUUAGGUGUCUAGCAGCCGUACAGAUGGACGCACUGUUUUGAAAGUGAGCAUACUUUUUUCCCUCAACAUGUACACUACUGAUUUUAUUUUUAAAAGUAUGACUUUCAAAUGAAUUAAUUUCUUGGUUAGAAGACUUGCCUCCCGAAUCCUUAUUACCUCUUGUGGAAGCUUCUAAAGGCCAUGUUGAAAACUGGAGAGGAAAAAAAAAAAAAAAAAAGACAUGCACAGUUAUCUCUUUUGCAGCAGUGACUGUAUUUUGAGUACUUUGUGCAGCAGGGUAUUUUGUACAGCGUCUUGUGGGAAGACAGAUUAGGCCUUUGGUUGUUACAGCUGUAUAACCGGUUGGGUUGUGAUUGGCCUGACUGAACUGAGGAUUGUGAAGUUAGAGCCCACUUAUUCCUACUGAUUAAUAUUCUUCUGCGCACGCUCUGAAGUACAUUCAUAGCGCACCAGGAGGCGAUGCAAUGUGGUUCCCUGGUUUGAGGUUUGAGCUGUCUUAUUUUAAAGCAUGUCUGAAUUCUUUUUUUCCCUAGCAUUUCUCCUUCAUUCCAAAUUUCCACUUACUGACUAAUGGAAUAUAAAGUAAAAAUACUUUGGAGAAGUAAAACACAGAUUAUUUCAAAUGAGCGUACGCUUAUAACAGAAUAGAAAUGAUCUACGUUAAACUACUGUGUAUGCUAAUUACUUCAGACACUACCACGGGGCACUUUUAAAUUGCUCUGGAAGCAAAAACAGUACAUAUAACUAUGGUUAGCACACAAGACCCCUGCAAAGAUUUUAAGUAGUCUGGGAUUCUUUUUUUUUUUUUUUUUCUUUUUUUUAAGUCUGGGAUUAUUUUGAUCCUCUUUUUGGAGAAAUUUUUUCCUUUUGGUUUUUCCUUGUGAAUGUUGUUACUACUGCUUUAAAUCUAGAACUUAACUGUUGAUACUUAGUAUCUUGAAAACAGGGUUCAUCUUUUGACAGUAUCCAUCUGUGUUCAGAGAGUGGCAUAUCACCUUACUCUUGCUUACUGUGGACACAGACAUUUGCCUCAAAUUUCUGUCUUUUUGUAGAUGGAUUGCAGCACAAUAGUAAUGAAUUUUCAGGGGUACCUUUCAGCAUUUGGGGAACUUUGCGAACAUAAGCAUCAGAUGUGUUUUAAAAAAAAAACAAACAAAAAUUGCUUAUUACCAUGUAAUGCAGUGUCUUCUCUUGACGCCAAACUGGUGAACAAACGUGUAUUGAUAGAAUUGUUUCACUGAUGCUAAAUGUUGACUACCUGCAGUUUUAUAAUAAGUGCAAGUCACAGAGAGGCAAGACAAAUGGCUCCUUGUACUGAAUGCUUCGAGAACUUAAUUUGUCCUAAUUUUCUGACAAAGAUUUGACUCUGGGUUUCAGAGAGCUUUGUUUUUACUUAUCCGAGAGCAGAUUAGAUGGUAGUGAUGUACUGGUAGACAUGGUUUUCAGUUAUUGACUCAGAAUUCAUCUCAGGAUGAAUCUUUCACGUUGUUUUAUUGUCUGUGUAUCUGUAUUGACUUUAUUAACAUGGGUUUAGCGAGCUCUGUGCUAAAGUUUGACCUGGUAGCAAUAAUUUCUUUUUCAACUAUCAAGGGGCAGAAAAAUCCAUAUGUAUUGUAAUGUUCAUUAACAUAUCACUAGGUACUAUAUAUGAAUGUAUUUCAGUGCUUUUCACAGUCUAUGGUAAGCUUCAAUAACAUGUGCCAAUGCAAUCAAUUUAACCCCUGAAGGGCUGUUCUGGCAGCUGUCUCUUUGAUCUGUGCUUAGAUUGUCAUUUAUAGACCAGCUAUAUCCAUUAACUUGGAUCUGGAAUGGGUUCCUCAUGACCUUGGACCAUUCAUUGUGAGUAGGGGCGGGUGCGUUUGCGGGGCUGCUCUAAAAUACAGGAACAAGAAGUUCAGCUGAGGGAGAGGGAGGCCUGACAUCCUACACGGUCCUCAUCUGUGGUGGGGUCUCUUCAUCUUAGCAUCGUGAUAAUCCAACUCAGUAAAUGGGAUUGUGCUAUUUUAUACAAAUUUUGCACAAUAUCUUCUAUUGAUAAAUUCUUAAAGAGCAACAUUUCUUUUCUGUAUCUACAUUCCAACCAUCUUAGAAGUACUAAGGUAAUUAACUAUGAAAAUAUAAAUGGUGCAAAGGGACUUUCAUCUGUGGACUGUGCUGUUUCUUAGGGUUCUGUGGCACUGAUGCCUAUACCAGCAUGUGAUAUGUGACAUAAAAUGGGUUUUUCUACAGCUUAAUGAUUUCCCUCCAGGGAGGGUUCUGGUACAGCCGUCACACUGCCAGAUGGUGUUUACGGGCUAUUUGUGUAAGUGGUAAGAUGCUAUGAAAUAAGUGUGAUUUCAUCUGAUGGAAACUCUGCACGUGUUUUUGUAUGGAAUAGAUUUUGGUGCAAUAUGACGUCACUCAAUGUUGCAUUGAAUUUAAUUUCAGUUGUAUUUAUGUAUAUGUAUACCUGUCAUGCUUCUAGUUGCUUCAACCUUUGUAUAUAUAUUUUUGUACAUAUUUUUAGUAGAAAACAUUUGACAUGGAAGUUAAAUAAACAUUUGAUAGUUUACCUAAUAAAAA